AUGAAGGGCCUCACUACGUUUGCCGCCGGCCUGCGGCGUCCCGCGGCGCUGCUGCCACGGCUGAAUGCCCGUCAGCUCUUCCUCCGCACCGCCUUCACACAGCCCGACCGCGUCGACUUCCAAGCAAUUGACACGAAAUGGCGCCAGCGAUGGGCGGAUGCUGCGCGCAAUGCCUCCGCGAAUGCUCUGGCCAACCGCCCAAAGGCCUAUGUUCUUUCCAUGUUCCCGUACCCGUCCGGCAUCCUCCACCUCGGUCAUCUCCGCGUCUACACCAUCUCCGACGUCCUCGCGCGCUUCAAGCACAUGCAGGGUUACGAUGUGAUACAUCCAAUGGGUUGGGAUGCGUUCGGUCUGCCUGCUGAAAAUGCGGCUAUCGAAAGAGGAAUUGACCCGGCCGAAUGGACAGUGUCCAACGUCGCCAAGAUGAAGGAGCAGUUUGGGGGAAUGAACGGCCGCUGGGACUGGGAUAGGGAACUCAUGACCUGUGAUCCAUCCUUCUACAAGCACACUCAGCGCCUCUUCCUCCUCCUGCAUGAACGCGGUCUAGCAUACCAGGAAAAGUCUCUCGUUAAUUGGGAUCCUGUGGAGAAAACUGUCCUCGCAAACGAGCAGGUUGAUGCCAAUGGCAAGUCCUGGAGGUCCGGUGCCAAGGUUGAGCAGAUCUAUCUCAAGCAAUGGUUUCUCCGCAUCACCGACUUUAAGGAAGACCUUCUUAAUGACCUCGAUCUCUUGGCGAAAGAUGACCGCUGGCCGGAACGCGUACUGUCUAUGCAAAGGAACUGGCUCGGAAAAUCCAAAGGCUCCAAACUCAACUUCCAGAUCAAGGCUUCUCCGGACGCCAAAUCUCUUGCUGACGUCGAAGUCUUCACAACUCGUGCAGACACUCUGUUUGGUGUUCAAUAUGUUGCCUUGUCCCUCAGACACCCUUUGGUUCAGGAAUUGGCAAACACGAACGCUUCUCUGAAGACUUUCCUGGAAGAGGCCAAUGGUUUGCCCCCGGAUUCUAAGGACGGCUUUCUUCUCCCCGACGUAUAUGCUAUCAACCCCGCAUCUGAAUUCGCCACGCCCGAUACCAAGGUCCAGGACCCGCUGCCUGUCUACGUAGCUCCUUAUGUUCUGGAUGAUUACGGAUCUGGAGCCGUUAUGGGUGUGCCUGGCCAUGAUACUCGUGAUUUCGCCUUUUGGAAGAAGAACCAGGGCAGCAAGCCUGUCAUCACCGUAGUGGCCCCGGAGAGUACCAAAUCGCCAUCUGUUAGAGAGGGAGAGGCCUUCGUUCACAAAGGCAAGCUCACGAAGGCGUGCGGUCCUUUCAAAGAUCUCGACUCGGACACCGCCAUUAACCGGAUCGUCGCGGAACUGUGCAGUAAAGGACAUGAUGCUGAACAUGUUGAUAACUGGCGGCUCCGCGACUGGCUGAUCAGCCGUCAGCGGUACUGGGGUACACCGAUUCCGAUUAUCCAUUGUAACUCUUGCGGACCCGUCCCCGUCCCGGAAUCCGACCUUCCGGUAGAGCUUCCUAAGCUGAAAUCCGGCCAAAUGCUUGGUAGAGGCGGUAAUCCCUUGGCUGACAUUCCUGAAUUCGUGAAUACAACUUGCCCCAAGUGCAAGAGCCCGGCCACCCGCGAAACAGACACGAUGGACACGUUUAUGGAUUCCUCUUGGUACUUUUUCCGCUUCGCCGAUCCUCACAACAAAAAGCAGCUCAUCGACCCCAAGGUUGCGGAUGCGCGUCUUCCUGUGGACGUCUAUAUCGGCGGUGUCGAGCAUGCCAUUCUCCAUCUUCUUUACGCGCGCUUUAUCUCCAAGUUUCUCUCCACCACCCCUCUCUGGCCCAGUGGUGGGGGCAAGGAUAACAAAGGCGAGCCAUUCAGAAAACUCAUUACGCAAGGAAUGGUCCAUGGCAAGACUUACACCGACCCGGAAACUGGCCGCUUCCUCAAGCCUGAAGAAGUUGAUAUAUCGAACAAAUCCUCCCCUGUCAUCAAAGCAACGAAGAAGACUGCCAAUGUCAGCUUCGAGAAAAUGUCCAAGAGCAAAUACAACGGAGUGGAUCCAGGCGAAUGCAUUGCCAAGUACGGCGCCGAUGUAACUCGCGCACACAUGCUCUUCCAAGCUCCUGUCACCGAAGUUCUCGAAUGGGAUGAGGCCAAAAUUACAGGAAUCCAGCGGUGGCUGCAGCGCGUCUGGCGCGUCACAUCCUACGCAAUAGAGAUGACGACUCCGGAUAGCUUCCAAAACAAUAAGCUCAAGGACGUUCCGACCGCUGACGACAUCACCCUGGCCCUGCACCAAACCAUCAAAUCAGUCAACACCUCAUUGUCCUCAACCUACUCGCUCAACACCGUCGUCUCGGAUCUCACCAAGCUAACCAACUUCCUCGACGAGAUGCACGCCAAAGCCCUCAUGGACCAGCGCAUAGAAAUCCAAGCCGCAAGAAUCUACUUCAACCAAGCCUACCGCCGCGGCGUCAAGGUCCUGCUCACCAUGCUGGCCCCCGUCUGCCCGGCCUUCGCCGAAGAGUGCUGGGAGAUGCUUCACCGCGCCAUCAUCGCCGAGCAGCACUCGUCCACGCUCCCGCCGGACGCCGCCGCCGCCGUCGCCGCCGAGGCGACCAUCCCGUCCGUCUUCGACCAGCCGUUCCCGGAGCACAGCGACGAGCUGAUCCACAUGCUGUCCAACCGCGACAUGGUGACGGCCGUGCAGGUCAACGGCAAGCUGGCCUUCACCCUCAACCUGCCCGGCCCGCCCGACCACCUGCUCGACGCCGACGCCUCGUUCGGCGCCUUCAAGCCGUCGCCGUCCGAGCCCGACGUCCUCGCCGCCACCGACGCCCCCGCCUACAACAUCCCUUCCAAGCACUUCGCCAAGAGGCCGCUCGAGCGCUGGCUGACGGCCCACAUCUUCGCGUCCACCCAGGGCAGGCGCGGCUUCGGGCCCCAUGGGCGCUGGGACCAGCUCGAUCCGCAGAAGAGGAUUAGGCAGAUGGUCGUGGUGAAGGGGGGGAGGACGGUGAAUUUUGUGUUGGCAAAGAUGACGAAGAAGAAGGUUAAGGAUCAGGUGGAGGCGGAGGUGAGGAGGCUCGAGAAGGAGGAGAGGGAGGAGGCCAAGGCGUUGUUGGAGAAGGAGCAGAAGAAGAAAUAA